GCACGCGCAGUACAGGAAAGUAACCCCCGCGUCGUCCUACGUACCGUCUUUCUUCCCUUAGAGCCUCUUAGUCCGGGCAGGGCCACGUGUAGAUUUAAUUCUCUUUGCACCCUUUCUUCCCGUCUGUUAUUCGUGUUUUAUCGCAGAACGUCACACACAGCAAAAUCAUGGUGAAGCUGGCAAAGGCCGCGAAGAAACAAGCUACUCCCAAGAAGAAGGCUCCACCACCCCCCAAAGAAGUCGAGGAAGAGUCAAGUGAAGAAGACAGUGAGGAUGAUGAUGAUGAAGAGGAGGCACCGCCACCAAAGGCAGUGGCCAAGAAGAAUGCUGUCCCAGUCAAGGCAGCUAAAAAUGGAAAAGUAGCAAAAAAAGCAGAAAGUGAUGACGAAGAUGAUGAUGAUGAUGAUGAGGAUGAUGAGGAUGAUGAUUCUGAGGAAGAGUCAGAGGAGGAGGCUCCCCCUCCCCCAAAGAAAGGCAAAUCCACCCCUGCAAAAGCCACUCCUGCCAAGGCUGCUCCCCAAAAGAAAGCACCCCCAGCACAGGCUGAAGAAUCAGAUGACGAUGAUGAUGACGACGAUGACGAUGAGGAUGAUGAAUCAGAGGAGGAAGCCCCUCCCCCAAAGAAGGCAACUCCAUCCAAACCUGCUGUGAAGGUCACUCCCGCGAAGGCGGCUCCUGCUAAGGAGGAGUCUGAAGAGGAGGAUGAUGAUGAUGACGACGAUGAUGAUGAUGACGAUGAAGAAGACUCUGAGGAGGAGAAGAUGGACACAACACCUGCUCCUGCUGCCAAGGCAAAGAAAGCAGGCAUGGUGAAAGCCAAGGAGGAAUCAGAAGAAGAUGACGAUGAAGACGAUGAUGAUGACGACGAUGAUGAGGAAGAUGACGAGGAUGAGGAGGAGAGUGGCGAAGAGGAAUCAGCUGUGACUCCUGGAAAGAGGAAGGCAGAAUCAAAGAAAGAGACUUCUCCAGCCAAGAAGGCCAGAACAGAGGGUGAAGGGUUCUGUCUUUUCGUCGGUAAUUUGAACACGGGCAAGGACUUUGAUGAAAUCAAACAGGCCUUGGCAAAUUUCUUCUCUAAGAAGAACCUUGAAGUCCAGGAUGUCAGGGUUGGGUCAUCAAAGAAAUUUGGAUAUGUGGAUUUUGCUACAGAAGAAGAUCUGCAGAAGGCUCUGAAAAUGAAUGGAAAGAAGUUCUUGGGUCAGGAAAUGAAACUAGACAAAGCUAGGAGCAAAGAAAAUUCCAUGGAAGGGAAAAAAGAGAGAGACGCCCGCACCUUGUUUGUGAAGAACCUCCCUUUCUCUGCAACACAAGAGGACCUGAAGGAGGUCUUUGACCAGGCUGUUGAAAUCAGAAUACCUCCUGGUCAGAAUGGAUCCAACAGAGGCAUUGCCUACAUAGAAUUCAAGACAGAGGCUAUUGCUGAGAAGAUGCUGGGAGAAGCGCAGGGAGCAGACGUCCAGGGCCGCUCCAUCAUUGUAGAUUACACAGGAGACAAGAGUCAAAAGGGUGCCAGGUCCUCAGCUGCUGCAGCAGCUGCAAGCAAGACAUUGGUUGUGAACAACCUGGCGUACAGCGCGUCAGAAGACACACUUCAGAGCACAUUUGAAAAGGCAGUCUCCAUUAGAAUACCACAGAACAAUGGCAGACCAAAGGGAUUCGCCUUUGUGGAGUUUGAGAGCAUAGACGAUGCAAAGGAAGCCCUGGAGACGCUAAACAACUCUGAGAUCGAGGGCAGGACCAUCAGACUCGAGUUCAGCCAGAACAGUGGUCAGAAAAGUGAAGGGGGCAGAGGAAACUCUGGCCCAACAAAGACCCUGUUUGUCAAAGGUCUGUCAGAGGACACAACCGAUCAGACACUGAAGGACUCCUUUGAGGGUGCUGUUGCUGCCAGAAUCGUCACAGACCGGGACACAGGAUCCUCCAAAGGGUUUGGCUUCGUAGACUUUGAAAGUGAGCAGGACUGCAAGGCAGCCAAAGAGGCCAUGGAGGACUGCGAGAUCGAUGGCAACAAAGUCACCCUGGACUAUGCCAGGCCAAAGGGUGAAGGGGGUCAGCGUGGUGGCAGGGGCGGAUUUGGUGGAGGAUUUGGAGGAUUUGGAGGCCGUGGAGGCGGCGGCAGAGGCGGAAGAGGAGGAUUUGGCAGGGGCGGUGGUGGCGGCUUCAGGGGAGGACGAGGAGGCAACCGUGGAGGUGGCCGCGGGGGUUUUGGAGGAGGCAGAGGCGGUGGAUUUGGAGCAAAGCCCCAGGGGAAGAAGAUCAAGUUUGAUGAUUAAAUCUGUAUAUUUUUAUUUUUGAGUGGACUCUUUUCACCUGUAUUUCUCCAUGCGCUGACAGAGCCUUUUGGACAUUCCAGAAUGUGUCAAUGAUAUAAAUGUUAUGGCUGCCCUAGCCCAUUCCCCUUGGCCCUCCAUACCCUGUAGCUGAAGGGAACAGAGUCUUGAAAUGUCUGUUGCCCAUGUGCAUUGUCAUGCUUUUUUUUGUCCCUCCCCUCCCCCCUUUGCCAAAGGAGUAAAAUGGAAUGCAUUGGCAACCCACCUAAUGAAAAUGCGCCAUUGGUUUAGGUACACGUUGUACAUGCGACAAUUUGUAUUAUUUCAUUUUACCUUUUGUAAAAAGUGCUGUUUCCUUUUU